GCCAAGUCGACUCUUCUACACCAAUACCCAACAUGUCUCCUCCGUCGGCAACUGAACCCCAGCAAGCCCAUGACACCCAUCUGGCGACGGUCGCGUCCGACUCGACGGUCCUAAACAAAAAGGAAUUGGCCAAGGCCCCCAGACCGCCCACGUUUGACGACCCAUACAAGGAGCGCGAGUAUCUCAAGGGCCGUCUUGCUGCUGCUUUCCGCAUCUUUGGCAAGUAUGGCUUCGACGAGGGCGUGGCUGGUCACAUCACACUGAGGGACCCGGUAGACCCAACAACCUUCUGGGUCAACCCGUUUGGAGUGGCAUUCAGCCUGCUCAAGGCGUCAGAUCUCAUCCUCGUCAACGGCAAAGGCGAAGUCAUUGACGGGGGCGAAUACCGCAUGCUGAACACAGCGGCAUACAUGAUUCACCAUGCUGUGCAUACAGCCCGGCCAGAUGUCGUGGCGGCAGCACACUCGCACUCGAUCCACGGGCGCGCCUUUUGCUCGCUUGGCCGCACGCUCGACACAAUCUCGCAGGACUCGUGCGCCUUCCACAACGACCACGUGCUGUACGAGUCGUUCAACGGCGUGGUGCUGGCCGAGGAGGAGGGCAAGAACAUUGCGCAGACACUGGGCAACAAGAAGGCGGCGCUGCUCCAGAACCACGGCUUGCUGACCGUCGGCCGGUCCGUCGAGGAGGCCGUCUUCUGGUUCGUGAGCAUGGAAAAGUGCUGCCAGGCGCAGCUGCUGGCGGAUGCGGCGGCGGCAGGGCGCGGGGGCGAGACGGUCAAGAUUAGCGACGAGGACGCCAUGUACACAUACAAGGCCAUUGGAAGCCCCAUUGCGGGAUGGUUCAGUGCGAAACCCCUGUUUGACGUCAUCCACAAGGAGUCGAAUGGAGAUUACUUGGGGUAGACAGGCAGUCGUGGUGAUGGUGGUCUUCUUCUUCUUCUUCUUCUUCUUUUUGCAGCAGUCAUGCAUAUUGGCGACAAAGUCUAUUUGGUAGAAAUGAAUGCACUCGGUCAUGUGGC